AUGGUGAUGAAGAUGAUGGUGAAGAGGAUGAAGGUGAGGAUGAAGAUGAUGAGGAUGAAGAUAACGAGGAUUAAGAUGAAGAUGAAGGUGAUGAAGAUGGUGAGGAUGAAGAUGAAGAGGAUGAAGAGAGAUGAAGAUGAUGAGGCUGAGGAUCCUGAGGACCACGAGGAUGAGGAGGGUGAGGAUGAGGAGGAUGAGGACACUGAGAAUGAAGAUGGUGGGACCAGGGACUGUAAGGAUGAGGAUGAUGAUGAAGAUGAGGACCGUAAGGAUGAAGAUGACGAUGGUGAGGAUGAGGAUGGUGGGUUAAGGACCCUUAAGGAUGAAGAUGAAGAGGCUGAGGAUCCUGAGGACCAUGAGGGUGAAGAUGGAGGGGCUGAGGAUCCUGAGGAUGAUGAUGGUGAGGAUGAGGAGAGUGAGGAUGAGGAAGAUGAGGCUGAGGAUCCUGAGGACCACGAGGAUGAGGAUGGAGAGGAUGAAGAUGAUGAAGAUGGGGCCCAUAAGGAAGAGGAUGAUGAUGGUGAGGAUGAGGAUGGUGGGACCAAGGACCAUAAGGAUGAGAUGGGUGAGGAUGAGGAGGAUGAGGAUGAAGAAGAUGAGGCUGAGGAUCCUGAGGACCAUGAGGAUGAGGAUGACAAUGAGGCUGAGGAUCCUGAGGAUCUCGAGGAUGAGGAGGGUGAGGAUGAAGAUGGCGAAGAUGAGGAUCAUAAGGAGGAGGAUGAGGAUGGUGAGGACACUGAGGAUGAAGGUGGUGGGACCAGGGACCAUAAGGAUGAGGAUGACCACGAGGAUGAGGAGGGUGAGGAUGAGGAAGAUGAAGAUGGGGCCCAUAAGGAAGAGGACAAGAAAGAUGAGGCUGAGGAUCCUGAGGAUGAAGAUGGUGAGGAUGAAGAUGGUGAGGAUGAAGAUGGUGGGACCAAGGACCAUGAAGAAGAUGAGGCUGAGGAUCCUGAGGACCACGAGGAUGAAGACGGUGAGGAUGAAGAUGAUGAAGAUGGGGCCCAUAAGGAAGAGGAUGAGGAUGGUGAGGAUGAGGAUGGUGGGACCAAGGACCAUAAGGAUGAGGAUG